AUGUUCGGCGCAUUAAAUCGCUUCAUAGGCCGGCUGGAUGGUGAGCCUGGCCAGCAGCCUCGAUCUGGUCCCAGCGACAACGCGUUCGGCUUCCAAGUCCUCCGCAAUAAAGACCCCGAGUUGCCUUUGGAGCCGUGGUUCGACUUUAUCGUAGGAAUCAACGGGCAUACGAUUGAAGACCCGGACCCCAACUUGUUUGCGACAGAAUGCCGGAAUUGCGCUGGAGGAAGCUUGACACUUGAAGUUUGGAGUGCAAAGGGUCAACGAACACACACUGUCACUCAUCCCGUACCACCAAGCAACCCCUCCCUUGGCCUCGCAUUACAGCUUGCUCCCCUCGCCUCUACGCAGAACAUCUGGCAUGUCAUUGCAGUACCGUCGCCCCUUAGUCCCGCAUACCGAGCUGGUCUUCUGCCUUACUCGGACUAUAUCGUCGGAACCCCAAGUGGGACAUUAAGAGGGGAGGCGGCACUAGGAGAGCUUGUUGAAGAUCACCUUAACCGCACGCUCGUGCUGUGGGUUUACAACAGUGAAUUCGAUGUCGUUCGUGAGGUUGAGCUUAUUCCUACCCGAGGCUGGGGUGGCGAGGGAGCCCUUGGUGCAGAGCUUGGAUUUGGUGCUUUGCACCGACUGCCGCUGGGACUCGGAGAAGAGGUUGAGGGUCCUGGGGAGGUUGUCUUUGAGACACGCGAGAAUGACAACGCUGCCCCAGUGAGCGAUCCUGCAAGCUAUGUGUCUGGUACGGCAGUCCCGUCCAAUAACUAUUUGGUUCCGGCCAACAUAACGGCACCGUCUCCUUUGGCCGCCAAUCAAGCACGCGAUGCCUCGCCCUCACAGAGCCGGUCCCCGGCAGGCCGUCGUUCAGCCAAGUCACGACCGGGAGCGUCCCCCAACAGAGCCUUUGAUGACUACUUUGCCGAGGGUGAAGAAAAGAGUCGGGCGCAGGACUAUGCUCCCUCACGACAUGGCACACCUCUGCCUCCCCCACCGAAAGCUGGAGACACGCAACAUCACUCAGACAGCCCUGCACCUACGCCUGUUGCACCAGAAGGGUCUCCUGGGCCUACACAGGAAGAAUGA